AUGCUGUCCCGAAAAGGCAUCAUCCCUGAGGAGUACGUGCUGACACGGCUAGCAGAGGACCCCGCGGAGCCCCGGUACCGAGCCCGAGAGCGGCGGGCUCGCUUCGUGUCCAAGAACGGCAAUUGCAACGUAGCCCACAAGAACAUCCGGGAGCAGGGCCGAUUCCUGCAGGACGUAUUCACCACGCUGGUGGACCUCAAGUGGCCACACACGCUGCUUAUCUUUACGAUGUCCUUCCUGUGUAGCUGGCUGCUCUUUGCCAUGGUCUGGUGGCUCAUUGCCUUCGCCCACGGUGACCUGGCCCCUGGCGAGGGCACCGCUGUGCCCUGUGUCACCAGCAUCCACUCUUUUUCAUCUGCCUUCCUUUUCUCCAUUGAGGUCCAGGUGACCAUUGGUUUUGGCGGGCGCAUGGUGACCGAGGAGUGCCCGCUGGCCAUCUUGAUCCUCAUCGUGCAGAACAUCGUGGGGCUCAUGAUCAAUGCCAUCAUGCUGGGCUGCAUCUUCAUGAAGACUGCCCAGGCCCAUCGGCGGGCCGAGACCCUCAUCUUCAGCAAGCAUGCUGUCAUUGCGGUGCGCCAUGGCCGUCUCUGCUUCAUGCUGCGUGUGGGUGACCUCCGCAAGAGCAUGAUCAUCAGCGCCACCAUCCGCAUGCAGGUGGUACGCAAGACCACCAGCCCCGAGGGCGAGGUGGUGCCCCUCCACCAGGUGGACAUCCCCAUGGAGAACGGUGUGGGUGGCAACAGCAUCUUCCUGGUGGCUCCUCUCAUCAUCUACCACGUCAUUGAUGCCAACAGUCCACUCUACGACCUGGCGCCCAGUGACCUGCAUCACCAUCAAGACCUCGAGAUCAUUGUCAUUCUGGAAGGCGUGGUGGAAACCACAGGCAUCACCACACAGGCCCGCACCUCCUACUUGGCCGACGAGAUCCUCUGGGGCCAGCGCUUUGUACCCAUUGUGGCCGAGGAGGAUGGCCGCUACUCCGUGGACUACUCCAAAUUUGGCAACACCAUCAAAGUGCCCACGCCACUCUGCACGGCCCGCCAGCUUGACGAGGACCGCAGCCUGCUGGACGCCCUGACCCUCGCCUCGGCCCGUGGCCCCCUGCGUAAGCGCAGUGUGGCUGUGGCCAAGACCAAACCCAAGUUUAGCAUCUCUCCGAAUUCCCUGUCCUGA